ACGGCACACAUCCACAGAGAGCCAGAUCUGACACACACAGCAGCAGUUACUGAUUUCAACAGCUUGUUCUUCUGCUAUGAGAGCGCCGUUUGUGUUUGUGAUGUUGGUGAGCGUCCUCGUCCGUCCGGCGGAUCAUUCCCCCGUGAUCGGGCCUGAACCCAUCCGCUGCGCUCCGUGCUCGCAGGAGCAGCUCGCCGCCUGUCCCGCCGUGUCCUCGGACUGUCUGGAGGUCCUGCGAGAGCCGGGCUGUGGGUGCUGCUCGUCCUGCGCGCUGAAGAAAGGAGACUCCUGUGGCGUCUACACAGCUCACUGCGGCACCGGCCUGCGCUGCGUCCCGAGGCCUGGCGACCCGCGACCGCUCCACGCACUGACCCGCGGUCAAGCUGUCUGUGCAGAGUAUGACCAGACAGAAGAGGACACAGACAUCACGUCUGAUCAGAGCUCGCUGCAUUACCUGCUGGGACUCAACAGGCCGCUCGACCCGCAGGACAUGGCCGAGGCACAGGAGAGCAUCAAGGCCAAGGUCAACGCCAUCCGAAAGAAACUGAUCCAACAGGGUCCGUGUCACACCGAGCUCCACGCCUCUCUGGACAUCAUCACACAAUCACAGCAGACGUUAGGCGAGAAGUUCACGAGCUUUUACCUCCCCAACUGUGACAAACACGGAUUCUACAAGGCCAAACAGUGCGAGACAUCUCUCAUCGGCCAGCCUCCUCGCUGCUGGUGUGUGUCGUCCUGGAGCGGAAAGAGAAUCCCAGGAACUGAUGAUUUAACGGCUGAUUCCCAGUGUCAUCAGGAGCUCACGCAGUGAUGAUCAUACCCUUAACUUAUAUUUACUUCCAUACCAUAUCAACACCUAUUUAUUCUUAUGUAUAUGGCUCUUAUAUGGUCUUAAUAUUUAUGAACUAGUUUUUGACAGAAUUCCACCAGACGUAAUCACUGACCUUCACAAACUUUUAAAAAACACAGAUAUGAAGUCUUUACACUCAAUGACAUUCAUUCAGCAGUAUUAUACAGUAUGUCGGUCAUGUGAUGAGUCUGUAAUUCUGCCUUAGUCUGUGUUCACUGUGUUCAAUUCAUUAUAACCGUGUUUGCACAGCAAGUGUUUGGAUUCUUAGUCUGAAAACUGUUUAUAGCCUGUAAAAUUGUUUGUAUUCUGUAAACUCAAUUUUAAUUGUUUUAUUUUCAUUUCACUAUGUAUUUAAAACAAAUGUCUACCUCACAUUAGACAUGACGUCUCUAUGGACUCCCUGAAUAUUUAAUGUGCUGCUGUAUUUAUUCUGAAACCAUUGUUUUAUUGUAUAUACAUGUAAUAUACUGUACAUUUCCUCAAAAGUUUCUUUCAAUAAAAUGUUAGUUGUACAGA